GUCUUAUGAACAAAAUUUUACUACUUCUUACUUUUUAAUAAAAAAAAACCUUGAAUUUUACUACGAAAAAAUAACUACCAAUUUAAUUUUUGAAAAAAUUAUUUUAAAAAACAAAAAGUAAUUAAUAGUGAUCUUUUUCUUUUCAUAACAAAGAUCUAAAGAGCUUGUAAAAGUUUGUAAACAAAUACAUUGUUUUAUCUUGCACUCAGAGAGAUUGACGUCAAUUAAUUUAUACAUAACGUGAGAAUUAGGUAUUUAAGGAGACUUAUCAGUCUCAGAAAGGCAAACAAAAAAAUUUUUUACAACUUUUUUUUGAAGAAAACAAAGAGGAAUCUUUUUAAGAUUUUCCAGCUACUUUCCAGCUAUAUUUUUACAUUAUUCAAUUAAAAGAAAAAUUUUUCCCUAAAUCGAUUUAUACAAUUUAUCACACAAAAUAUAUUCUAUCAAAAAAAAGUGCUGAAAAUUGCUGGAAGACGUAAUUCUGGUUGAAUAGAUCGUCCGAACAAAAAUAAAAUAGAUUAUUAAUCUGCGGGUAAAUGGCAUUAGCAUAAAUCAAAACGAGAAAUUUUAAUGGAAAAAUUACAACGUGGCGAAAGUUUUUCUUAAAAAACCUUUUUUUAUAAAAAAAAUGUUAAAAACUCAAAAAAUUAUUAAUUAAUUGUUAUAAUUUUGGUUUAUGCCAGAGUCACAGAUAUGUACUACAACAUAUUAAAAAAUCAAAACAAUUAGUCGAGUAGUUUUUUUUAAGUCUGUCCACCACUUUUCCAGCACUUUUUCUUGACAAAACAUAUCUGUAUAAUAAAUUGGGUAAAUCAAUUUAAAAAAAAAUUUCCUUGUAAUUAAAUAAUACAAAAAUAUAGCUAGAAAAUCACAAAAAGAUUCCUUUUUGUUUUCCUUAAAAAAAAAACAUUGUUGAAAAUUUUCUUUUACUUGCAUUCCUCAUACGAUAAGUCUCCUUAAAUAAAUAUUUUUAUAAAAACGCAAAAAGAUAAAACAAUUUUUUAUCUUUUAUCUGAAUAAAAACAUGAUUUAUAUAAUUUUCUGCAAAACCUGGCUAAUAUUACAUUUUUUAAAAAGUAUUCUUAUUACUAUUUUUUUUCUUAUUUCUUUCUUACUCUAAUUUUGCAAUUUUAUUAUAACAUUUAAUUGUGCAAUGAUAACGUAUUGAAUGAUCAUGAACUAAAGUCAUCAGAUUAGAUUAACUGUGAGCAUAGAUGCUUUCUUAUCAUUUGUGAAAAUGUUUAACGCCAGUGUAACUUUUAUCAUUUCGCAAGACGCAACACUAUAAUUGAACUAGAACAAUAAUGCAAAAUUUAGUGCUAUUUACUUAUGUAUAUUAUAGUUAUCAAAUUAAUAACGUUAGAUUAAUUAAAUGUGUGAAUCAGUUCAAGAAAACAACAGAAGAGAAAUAUUAAAAAAUUGCGUAACAGUUAUGAUAAUACGUUCCCGAAUAGAAUUGUCGACAUAUUCAAAUAAUGCGUGGAAUCAAUCGAUAAGAUUAAUCACCGAUUGACAUCACAAAAAACUGCAAGUCAUCAUUAUUACAUAAAAUCAGUAUUAUUACAGAGUGAUUUAUAUCUAAGAAAUGACGCAUGUUUAACGUUUUAGUGAAUAAAGUGUGCGGUUUGCAAGCAAUUAAGUAAAGUCAAUUUCUCUAAUAAUAACGGAUGUGAAAACCUAGAAGCAAGACUCCGUGCAAAUGUCUAUUUAAUCCAGUGAAUUUUUAGUGUUGCAUGUGAUAUUUAUAUUCUUAAAUAAUUCGUUAAUAUUAUAUUGAUUUUUUUACAUAACUUGAUUUUAUAUUGACUUAUAAAAUGCUUACCAAAGUGCCGCCGAAUGGAGGCUGGGGAUGGGUAAUUGUAGUAGCAUCAGCCGUAAAUGGCGUAUCAACCAUCCCAAUUAUACAAGGAUUUGGCUUGAUAUUUAAAGAUUCUUUCGCUGCGCUUAAUCUGACUGCAACAGAUACGUCUAUUAUAAUCAAUGUAAAUUUGGCAUUCGGUAUGAUACUUGGUUUAUUCAAUGGACCACUCUUGAAGAUUUUCGGUUAUAGAAAAGUGGCGAUAGCUGCAAGCAUAAUGUUCGCAGUUGGUGUAAUACUGACAGCAUUCGCCAAUAGCUUUACUCUUAUUAUAAUUUGUUAUGGAGUACUAACCUCUAUUGGCAUGAGUAUGGGAAUGUCUGGAUUUUCUCUGGCAACCAAUUCUUAUUUUACCAAAAAGAAACGAGGACGAGCCGUAGGCUUGGCAUUAACCAUCACAGGACUGGGUCCAAUCUUUAUGCCUCAAAUAACAUCCUUCUUACUUUCGGCCUACGGUGUUCAGGGGACCGUCUUGAUACUUGGCGCUUACAGUUUUCACGCAUUAAUAGGCGCAAUGCUACUACAACCGGUUAAAUGGCACAUGAAAGACGCACCCAUCUGCUUAGAAACAGUCAAACCAAAAAAUCCUAAGACUUCGACUGACAAUAAUAAUAAGGAUACAUGGAAUUAUUACGAGGAAGAUGAAACAGAUAUGCACUCAUCAAUGCUGACGCUAAAUAAUUAUCAGAGAAAAAGAAGAACAACAAUAUCCAGCAUUGAUCAUGAUGUCGAAGUUGGAAGUAUUUAUGGAUUUGAUACGCCUUUGCCUCGACAAAUUUCUACUGACGGAACGACGGCAUACGACUCAAAUUAUGGUACCGAAAUGUCGGUGAUAAACGGAACAUCAAAGACGAAUUCAUAUAACAAUCGCAGAGGUCCAAUAUAUCCAUGGUGGAAUUCAUUAAAAAGCAUAGACAGUAUUCAUCUCGGUAGCAGCUUCAAAAUUUUCGAGGAACCUGCUCCACUAACGAAAAAACUGACGUUCGUUGAUAAUGGUGUAAGUAGAACUAACGGUGUAAGUCAGAAUAUUAUCGAAAAGGAUUUGCUAUUACAAAAAGAGACAGAUAAUUGUACGACCGAAGAAAAUAAUAACGACUGUGACAAAAACAAGUCGGCCGUCUGCCGGAUUCUACAACGAGUGGCUGACCUUUAUGAUUUCGAUCUUCUACGUGAUCCAAUUUACGUGAACAUUAUGUUGGGGAUGUCAAUCGCGAUUUUCGCAGAGGUAAACUUUUCCAUGCUGACACCGUUUAUCCUCGCUGAUAUGGGCUUGACGACAGCAAUGAUUGCCAACAUCAUGAGCAUCGUCGCGAUAAUCGAUCUCAUUAGUAGAGGUGCGGCACCUUACCUGGGGGAGUGUCUGAACCUGCAACCCAGGAUGAUGUAUAUGCUCAGCCUGUUUCUUCUGAUAAUUAGCAGAACCUCACUGAUAUUUGCGAAUAGCUUUGCUUCGAUGGUGGCCGUCGCGAUUGGUUUGGGAGCAGCAAAAGGAAUUAGGUCGGUGUAUAUGGCUUUAGUUGUACCCAGCUACGUUUCUAUUCAAAAGUUACCCAACGCCUCAGGAAUUCAAAUGCUGACCAAUGGAAUGAUUCUCCUGAGUGCUGGUCCUAUGCUUGGCAUAAUACGAGAUAAUACUGGAAAUUACACGAUCUGUAUUAUCUUGCUUAACUGCGUGACCGCUAUUACACUGUUUAUCUGGACAACAGAGAUGCUUGUACGGAGAAAAUUUGCUCGGCAAAAAGCGCAAUUAUCCGGAACAUUUUAAUCUUAAACUGAAUAGAAUUAUGUUUUUGUAAAUAAAUCAUUUCCAACGAUACGCAAAUUGCAAACACGGUAAAAGCGCGAUUAGUAAGUAUGCAGUUUAAAUAUAUGCACAUCGGACAUAGGGGAAAGAUUCGUAUGCGGCAAUUUUCGAUUUCACGAAUCAUGAAAGGGAAUUAAAAAUUCUUCCACGUUUCCUCUAAGCGGUACGUUAGAUCGUCCGCAUAGUCGCAAUUAAGGUCGUGUCCUUGUUCGAUACCUCUUUAUCAUGGAAAUGGAUCUAAUUAAAGCGUUAGUCCUCUCCAGACACGACCAAAGUCUUUAAGACAAACAACGGCGGUAGACCUUGUAGACAAUGGUACGACUUUUCCCAGUAUCUUCCGGCGGGAGUUCUCACGUUUCGCUGCGACAAGCAACGUGUGAUCCUACCGCAGAGACCUGAAAAGGAAGUUCAAAGGUCAAUGAAUUGUAGAUAUUGUUGCAUCAAGCAAGUUAAUCUAUUCGACGCUAUUAGUUUCAUCCUCUCUCGCAUCAAGCUCUUGCUCAUUAAGUGUAACACUUUUUUUUCGUGACAUCAAAUGGCUAUAAUGUACACACGAUAUCACCUAAUUUUCCUGCGCGACGGCUUAAAACUAAAGCACGGAAGUAAUUUCAUCUCUUUUUUAUUAAGACUUAAAUGUAAAAGCUCAUUAUUAUAUGUUAAAUAUUUUUGUUAAAAUAUAUUUUGCAAAUAUAUUUUAUUAUAUAAUACUAUAAUAAUUUAGCAAUAUAAAAUAUCGUAUAUAUUUUUAAACGCAUUGAAUUACUAGACUUGAACUAUUUUUUAUACGAUUUUGUUUGAUGUGAAUAAAAGGACACUCGCAAUUCACAAAGUCCCGUUUUACCGUACAAUUGGAUGUAACAGACUUACGCGAUAUAUAUGUAAUCGUAUCACGUACAAAUGUAUAUUUAGAUGCAGCAAUACUCAAAUAGUCGUGACACUUCUUGGCGGACGUCCAGGUUUACGAAAUCAGCGAAAGUGAUCGAACGCGGUUGGCAAAUGCAUAAAAGACGAGUUCAAGUAAUGUAAAAAAGUGCGACAGGAUUUCGAAACAACCACGCCCUCGAUUUUCUAAAACGAAAAUAAUAAAACGGGUGUGAGAUGCCUCAAAUAAUCUACUGAGUCACCUAGAUAUGAUUUAAUAUUAAUUGUUAAGAAUAUUGUAUUACAUUGUACAGAAAAAUAUGUGACACGAUUCGCAAGAGUUAGAAAUAUUUUCUUAAUAUGUUGGAGAUAAACUUAUAUUAACUCUUUUCUUUAUGUGCGAAAUAUUAAAUCAUCCAUUAUUCAUAAUUUA